AACAGAACCAACAAAAUAUUGUAGAUAUAAUGAUAAAUUUAUUUAAAUUUUUAAAUAAUGUAUUAAUAUUAGGAAAAGUUCAAAAAUAUACGAAAAUUAUUAGCUAUAAGUGUGAAACCAUGAGUUUGAGAGAAGAGAGCACCGAUAUUACGACCAAUACAUGGGAACCAUUGCAUCAAAUUGAAGAUCAUCUAUAUCUUGGUAAUUGGCACUCAGCCACUGACCAGCAGAUACUGGCCACUCAUAAGAUACGCCGAGUAUUGACUAUUACAGACACACCGAUACCCGACUGGAAAAGACACACAAACAUCGAGUACUUUCAUAUUAAACUCAAUGAUAUGCCCGAAGAAGAUCUGCUGUCACACUUUGAAGUGACCCGAAAUGUUAUAGCCGACGGACAGACAAAUGGUCACAAUGUUCUGGUUCACUGUCACGCCGGUAUAUCCCGAAGUUCAACAGUAGUUACAGCCUAUCUGAUGAACAAAUACGACAAACCAUUUGUUGAGGCACUGGAUAUGGUUCGCAUUAAACGGCCGUUCAUUUCACCAAACAUUGGAUUCAGAGAUCAGCUCCGGUUGUAUGAAGAGAUGGGCAAUCAGUUAAACGCCAAAAAUAAAAGGUAUCGCCGCUUUGUUUACGAUCGUAUGCUCGCCGAUAGUAAUGUUGAACACUAUUGGACACAAUUGGAUAAGUAUUUCAAGCGCAGGGAUUACAUCGAAAGUCUUGUCAAAUUAGACGCCUCUAGUGUUGGACGACAAUACCAGUGCUUGAAAUGCAAUCAAUUGAUUUGUCAAGAAAUUCAUGUCAUUGAAAAUCUACAGCUAAUUGACAGCUAUGUCAACAACAACAACGACAAAGUGGCCAAAUCUUGUGGUAAUAUCUACAUCGAGCCACAGAAAUGGAUGUUACCGUUGAAUAUUGGCGAUCAGCACCUGAAUUGUCAAAAGUGUGGUCAAGUGUUGGGCGCCUAUAAUCUUAGUAAUGGUAGUAAACAACUGUGCAAUUGUCUCAAACACACCGACAUAACGGGCUAUCAGUUUAUGAUUGAGAAAAAUUGCUUUAAAAUUAUCUAAAGUUUUUGAAAAUUUAUUAAU